UAGCAACGUUGAUGUUUGCGCUAGUAAAAAACACUCAAUCAGCAGCAACAGAAAAAACAGUGGAACUCCGUUCAAGAGACUUUCCCGGGUAUCUACUGAAGCCAGAUGCAGAUAACAAGGUUUGGCUUGUUCAACACACAAAUGAUGACUCUGGGUUAUGGACAAUGCAAUCACCAGGACUCAAUCUUGAACCUAACACUGUAUCUCUCGAGUACAAGGCUAAACCUGGCUAUUUUUUAAAGAGUAAAUUCGAUAACGAAGUUAUCAUACAGACAGCAACUUUGGCAGGUAGCUCCUUUGAAAAGACUGCAUCGUGGAUAUUGCUUAAAGAUGAAUAUUUUCCGAGGUCUUUCACUCUGCAAACAGGAGACACAGAAUCUGUAAAACUCUUACGUCAUAAUGGUUUUCAGGCAGGAUUAAGCAAUGAUGAUGGCACAGUGAGUUUCAAAAAUGCUGCCAGCUUCUACCUAGUUGCUCAGGGCUAUCACAUUCACACAAUGGGGGGCCCAGUGCAAGUAUAUGACUCAGCUGGGGGUUUGAGUUAUAUGAAUAUUUAUACAGAUCUGCGUUUUGAGGCACAUGGAGAGGUUCUUGUUUGGAGAUACCGUGCUAGAAACACAAACACAUUCUGGGCAGAUGUUUGGAGACCCUUGCUUACUGGUGGGUAUAAGCUCAUCGGAAAAAAUCGGAUUGAUCCACCAGGCAGUGGUUAUCACUCUUAUACUGUUCCUUUUCGUGAGACAAUAAUAUUCCAACCUGGGGAUGUAAUAGGAAUCCAUACUGCUGGUCAAUCAAAUCUUGGAUACGGAUCAAGCUCAGAUGGUAUAAGUAAAGUUAUAUCUUUAGCCAUGUAUGACAGUGCAUUACCAGUUGGGAAAACAUUAAGCGCAGCUUCAAUCUGUUGCAGGAAAUUACCACUGAUGGCAUAUGGGCAACAAAUGGUGCCUAUCUCAUUCAACCCAAGACAUGGUGAAGCAAGCCUCCUUGAUAUGAACAAAGUUGAAAUCUUAGACGGCAACCUAAACACAUGUGUUGAUGUCAAAAUAGGAACAACUCUGAAAUUUGACGAAGACAUUUCUGGUUACUCCGAGUACAACAUCGUUGUCUACACGAGAGGUUCUCCAAACUGUCUCACCAAUCACACAAUGUAUGUCUAUGAAGAAGUAACAAGUCCCGGGGACUUCACUGGAUCUUUCGAAACUUGCAAUUAUCUAGACUCGAAAGUUGUACAAACAAUGAGUGGUUUGGUAACUGGUUGCAUAUGGAGCUGUGGAUGUGAAGCUAAUAUUUGUAGGAAAGGAUAUGUAGCAAUUGUUACCAAUGUAAUACUCUGUGAGGUAUACAUUGAAUAUUAAAAUUUUAGUUGAAGCUAAAUGUUUGUUGCCAGACAAUACAGUAUGUAUACAGUAUGCCCAGUAUGUUUGUAGAGAAAUGUAUUUGUUUUGACAAAGAUAAUUGUUGCAAUUUUAAUAUUUUCCAUCAAUUAUUCAAACUUCAUUGCAUUUUGCAUUUAUCUCAUUUCAAAGAUUGCAUUGCCACGCACACAAGAGUCAACAGAGUAAGCCAUAACACAGUCAGACAAUAUGAGACAAAGGAACUGAGGCAACAUCUAAAAUUCAAUACAUCUCAAUUUUGGAUUUAUGGGUACUUUUAAUGUGUCUGAGACAAUAUUAUAAAUAGAAUGAAUUCAGGA